AUGUUGAAAUCAACGCGUAUAAAAGUAUUACUAGUGGUCGUGUAUAUAGUAGCAAUUUGUAGACAGCCAUCGGUCAGUGGGUUCAAUCUCGAAGACUGCAAGCAAUUAAAUGCAACCGCCAAUGUAACGUGCUACACUUUGAAUAUGGAGCAAUUCAACAUCAAUUUCAGCAAUGAAGAACACAUUAACAUCUACUUCUUCCAAGCAAAUAAAUCCGACAUCGUGUCAAUGGUUCUCAGCUGUCUAGGCACCGAUGCGGAAGUGUUGCAAAUCAGUGACAAUCUGCCGAGUUUGUUAUUGCCACGCAGCAAUAUACUCACCAUAGACGGUUGUAUACCGUUCGAGGGUAUAUUCCAGCAACUUGGCGUUCGCAUACCCGAUCAAGUAAAGCUGCAUCGUGGCAUUACGGAUGUGCCACUAAAGCGUGCGCAACUCAGCGGUCUGACUAAACUCAAAAGCUUACUGCUUAGUGGCUUUGACGCGUUGGACGAGGAUGUGCUGGCCGACAUACAGAAUUUAGAAACACUUGACCUGACACGUAUACAGACCGCGCUGCCAAGCGGCUUAUUGGCGCCAGUCGGCGCUCAACUGACGCAACUAAAUAUGCGUGAGAAUCGCAUGGUAACGCCGACUAAAGGACUCUUCGCGCCGCUACAACUACUCGAUACGCUCGAUUUGAGCUAUAACGAGCUGAUCACCAUACCGUCCGGCACAUUCGAUCAACUUCACAAUCUAACCGUAUUGGAUUUGAGCAAUAACCACUUGAGUCACCUACCAGCUGAUGCCUUCCAAUCGCUGCGUAAACUCCAACGUCUCUACAUCGCCUACAAUCGCUUACAGCAAUUGGAGUUGGGCACAUUUAAGACGCUCACUGCCUUGCAACAACUCAAAUUGGAAAAUAAUACACUCGAUAUAGCGCCAAGCGUAGCCUGCCGCAUUUUCGAUGGCCUGGACAGCCUAGAAUAUUUGGAAUUGAACAAUAAUUCGCUGAGCGUUUAUUGUUUCCCAAAGGAUAUGAGUUCGCUGACCGUUGACUUGUCAUUUAAUAGAGUACACAAGUUACUACUGCCGCCCGGCGAGACGCAGCCACGUCUAUUGGUCAGCUUGAAUGUGCGUCACAAUCAGCUAAGACAUUUGAGUGAUGAGUCAUUGCAAUAUCUUCACGACUCAUUUGCACAACUCUCGUUGGCGCAUAACCCUUGGCAGUGUGAUAAGGAGUCGUUCCUCUGGUUGGAUUUCCUGAAACUGAAUAGUAAGCGCAUUGUGGAUGUAGCGGAGAUGUACUGUUCCUACGACAAUAAGCAGCGGAAUGUGACCCUAUUCAAGUCCAGUAAUAUUUGCGAAUCAGAUACAAUAUUUUAUUAUCAAAUAGCUUUUGCAACUGUGGCGCUGAUAGCAUUGAUGGCGAUUGUUGGCUGCACAUUUAAGGAGAGAAGGAAUGCAGGAAAGCAGUUGGCUGACAGUGACAUGAAUAACAGUGCCAUGAAUAGCAGUGACAUGAAUGAAGUGUCGAUUCCUGAAAAUGUUUAUGAAAAUGUGGGAACGGGGCGUGAUACGCCGGACUGUUAA